AUGAACAAGCAGUGGUGGUGCCGUGGUGGUCCCUGGCUCGCCCGCGUCCAUUCUUUCAGGCCACCGGCUGCCGUUUGCCGUCCUCCACUCCGCCGCCCCGGCCUAUUUAUACCCCUCCUUGCCCACCCUGCCAUCCUCAUCACAAGCAACAAGGCAGCAGCACAAGCAAGCACAAGACCUUCUUCUUCAGUAGCACAGCAGCAGCACCUGUUCCCUUCGCCUGUGAUCAUGUCUUGCUGCAACGGAAACUGCGGGUGCGGCUCCGGCUGCCAGUGCGGCAACGGCUGCAAGAUGUCCCCUGACGUGGAGACCACAGCCACCGUCGGCAUCAAGCCCAUGGUGCUCGCUGCUCCGACCACCAAGGCCAGCGCCGGCGGGUUCGAGGCGGCCACCGAGGGUGGCGGCUGCGACUGCAACACCUGCAAGUGCGGCACCAGCUGCGGCUGCACCUGCUGCAGCUGCAACUGA